GCCGCAACCCCCAAACCGACAAAACACACCGCAGUACCCCAACGGCCCACCAGGGCCAGGGCAAGACAGGGCUCUCGCCCGGAGUUGGCGACUACCUGUCCACCCACUGGCACUCAUCCAGCUUCCCGCGUCGUAUUCAAGGACAUUUUGAAUGCUCAGAGUCAUAAAUAAUACUUGUUGUACAAUUGAUUUAUGUCAGGUAUGAGACGGAAGAACCAGUUGCGUAUCGCAAACACAGGAUUGAUGUUGGCAGGCAAAGAAAACAAUCAGGUCAAGUGCUAAUGGGCAGUCGACAUGCAGGAGUGUGCUGAAUCGCUGACGACCUGACACUGAAUGAUAUGUGUCCGCACCUUAUAUACACAGCUGGCAACUGUCAUGUUUUUGUUGUCAGUUGUUCUUUGUGACAUGAUUGUGUGCUCAGUUGUUCUUUGUGACGCUUUAAGGAGCACACUGUCUUUGUGACGCAUGACUGUGAUGGAAUAUACUGAAAAUUAGUAGAGUGUGCCAGGCACAUGACAAUUUAGCUGGCAAGCUAAGAAAAAUCAAGGAUUUAAGAAAUAUUCCACAUCAUAAACAGGUUUGAAUUGCCGUGAUGGACGAGCAGUCCCACGGCAGUCCCCAGCACAGCGGGUGUCUGUCCGACGCGGAUCCCCACCAUGGGAGGCAGGGUGUCAUCAGGUGUGGGUGGCUAAGGAAGCAAGGUGGUUUCGUCAAGACGUGGCACAGCCGCUGGUUUGUCCUGCGAGGAGACCAGCUCUUCUAUUACAAGGAUGAGGACGAGAGCAAAUCCCUGGGAGCCAUUUUCCUACCCGGCAACAAAGUUAUAGAGCAUCCAAGCAGCGGCGAUGAAGCGGGAAAAUAUCUCUUUGAGGUCAUUCCAGGGGGAGACAGAGAGCGGAUGACAGCCAACCAUGAGACCUACCUACUUAUGGCCAGCACCCAGAAUGACAUGGAGGAUUGGGUGAAGACCAUCCGCAGGGUCAUAUGGGCACCUUUUGGUGGAGGGAUCUUUGGCCAGAAGCUGGAGGAAACGGUACGGUACGAGCGUCGUUACGGGAACAAAAUGGCACCAAUGCUGGUGGAGCAGUGUGCGGAUUUUAUCCGCCAGCGAGGGCUUUGUGAAGAAGGUCUCUUCAGACUGCCUGGACAGGCCAAUCUGGUUAAAGAGCUGCAGGAGGCGUUUGACUGCGGAGAGAAACCCCUGUUUGACUGUAACACAGAUGUGCACACAGUAGCGUCACUGCUAAAGCUGUAUCUCCGAGAACUACCCGAGCCCGUCGUCCCUUUCCACAAGUACGACGACUUCCUGGCCUGCACCAAGCUGCUCGGCAAGGAUGAUGAGACAGGGAUGAAGGAGCUGAAGAAGCUUGUGGAGGGUCUACCACCGGUCAACUAUAACCUUCUGAAGUACAUCUGCAGAUUUCUUGAUGAAGUCCAGUCAUACUCCGGAGUGAAUAAAAUGAGCGUGCAGAACUUAGCCACGGUGUUUGGACCGAAUAUCCUCAGGCCAAAAGUGGAGGAUCCCGUCGCCAUCAUGGAAGGAACCGCCCUUGUCCAGCAGCUCAUGGCCGUUCUGAUCGGCCGGCACGACAUCCUCUUCCCUCGGGACGAGGAAUGUUUGGCCGGCCGGCUGGAGCUCGCCAACAACAACGUGGACUUGCCCCGUCGAGCUGCGGUUCAGAACGCCGAGAACAACAACGUCCAGACGGUGCGUCAGUGCGUUUGGGAGGCGGCGGAUGACGACCGAGGAUCCCCGCGCUCCGCCAGCCCUCGGAACAUUCCGGGACACUUGGACAAAAGCCGGAGCCCUCCGCUCAUGGUUAAAAAGAACCCCGCGUUCAGUAAAGGAAGCGGGAUCGUGACUAACGGCUCCUUCAGCUCCUCGCCUCCGUCUUCCGAUCCGAACCAGGACAAGUAUCAGAUUUUGCUGAGUGGCGGGAGCUUACCCGGGCGCCGAAAUGGGACUCUGAAGGGCACAAAAAUGGGCACAAGCGGCAUUCCGGGAGGAGGCAACGCCAACGGGGUUCUUCGCAUGGGAGUCUCCGGCUCUGAGGCGGUUGCGGCGGUCCUCAACGGUCGAGGUGGUCUUUGGGUACCUAACGGAUGCGUCACGUUACGGGAGGCAAAUAAAAGCCUGUGCGACUAUCCUAACGGGGAUCAACUAUGCAACCAGAACCGUCUGUCCACAUACGACAACGUACACUUGAACCAUCAGAACCUGCAGCAACACAACCACGUGAAUCACGUGGCGUGUCUCAGCAGUAGUUGCGAGGACAAGCAGAGCGUGGAUAGUGCCACCUGGUCCACGUCCUCUUGCGAGAUUUCCCUGCCAGAGAACUCCACCUCCUGUCGCUCCUCCACCACUACCUGUCCCGAACAGGACUUCUAUGGUUGCCACUACCAGGACGUGGAUGCGCCCAACCAGGAGGGCGCCGGUGGCGGCGCCGUGGACGAAGGACAGGAUAGCGGCAGGGAGGCGACGGGAGGGGACGGGUCGGCGAGGAAUGGCAGCGAGCAGUGUGCCAAGUACGGUGGAACUGGAGGACACAGUGCGCUGCACAGCCUGGUGGCCAGUCUCAAGCAUGAGAUGCUCAAGCAAAAGGCGGACUAUGAGGCCAGGAUAAAGAGCUUGGAGCAACGCAACCUGGACUUGGAGUCAGAGAUGGUGAGCCUGCACGAGGAGCUAGACCAGGAGCGCAAGAAGUACACCAUGGCCGAGAUAAAGCUGCGCAAUGCAGAGCGUGCAAAGGAUGACGCCGAGCGCCGCAAUAACAUGCUUCAAAAGGAGAUGGAGCAGUUCUUUUCCACUUUCAGCGACCUCACCAUCGGCGGGGGCAACUCCACGUCUGCUGCCACUGUGGACACCCGCCGGCCUGAUCGUAGCAACCCUAUCUGGAUACAGUGAAGGGGGGGGGCAAACACCCGGGAGUUUUUUGUGACGGCGCCAAGCGGGAUUUGGCUGCCGGUUAUGUUGAACUUUGAGAGCUCUUAUGAAACGAUAAGGAGCUAGCAAAGAAGCUAAAAAAAAUCUCAAGUACUGGCAGCUCCAGCUAGCUUCGGCCUAGCUUGUUCUUAGCCUCAUUAUUAGCUUAGCAUUCUGAGCUACCAAAAUUUACAAGAACUGGGUUUUUACUACUGCUAGUUUUCAUUGUGAAAUCUAGAAAAUGGCUAAAACUGCAAAAAAUAAGUAAUUGGCUGCCAUUGAUAUUGAAAGACGAACCAGAGUUGCUUUAAAAAUUUGCAGUUUUUACAUUAACCACACUGAAAUCAAAUGACCAUUUAAAACACCGAAACCAAGGAAAUAGAUCAACAACCUUCCUACUGUCGGCUUUAAUGUUAAUUCAUAAAUUACCAUUGGCUGCCAUUGAUGACGAUAGAUGUCCAAAUGGUAGCGAUCAAAUGGAAUGGACGUCUAUCGCCGUCAAUGGAAUUGAAUCAUGAUCUUUCAGUUCCAGACAUCUCACUUCAAAUUUGAUGUUUAUCGAUGUCAUUGCCAGUGAAGAGUUAACGCUCUUGUGCGUUAUAGUUAACAGAAUUUCAGAUGUCAUAGUGAAAAUUUUACUGAAAAACCUAGCACAACGUUACCUGGGGUGACGUCAGGGUGAGACUUUAUGUAAAUAGAACGUUAUUUAAAAACUCCAAAGACUGUGUCAUGCUACGUACAAAACCAUCGGUCCUUGCUAAUAAGGAUCUGCCAAAAGUGUGGUAAAACACACAUCUUAUCUAAAAAAAAAAGAGACAUAAAAGUUUAAUUGUGCUAUUUAAAUGUACAGAAAUGUUCACACUGUAUAUGUGCUUGCACUUACUUCUAUGUUCUUGUCGGUGCGCAAUGGGUUCAUGACCAAAAAAAUUACCCAAACAGCUAACGUGUAGCAAGUGUCGAUGCAAUAUCAAAUGGACUUAUUUUAUUAAUGUGUUCAACCAAAUAAACUCGGUACUAGUUGGUCAUUUUAAUACCUGCUGCUGGUCAUUGCAGGUGCUACAGAUGUGUCCCGAUGCUAGGUGGCCACAUGCUAGUUAGCAUUGCUAUGUUCUGUAUAUAGGCCUACCGCAUUCGCCUACAUUAAACGCCGUGCCCCGAUUAAUCACCGGGUGCGUCAUUGAGUUAUUUUCUCCAUCAAACAGCCUUGUUUGGAAUUGUGUUUCAUAUCAAGACCUCACCUGAAGACUUUUUAACAGUGGGAGGCAAAAGACUGACUACUGUGGAAUAAUCCACACGUGAUACUUGAUACUCAAAGAAGUGAUUAUUGUACAAAUGAUAAAUAUAAAUAAAUAUACAUUAAACAAAA